GUUCCUGACAGUUCCUGAUAGUCCUGGUUCUGAGUUUGCGCAGUGCGUCGGACAAUCAUGGCGGCCUCCAGUGAGAGUUCUGAGAGUAGUGAGAGCACUUUGAGGAGAAGACGCGGAGAACCGCAGAACUCUGACGUUUGUUCAGAGGACCGCAGAAAAGACCCGGGAAAUGAAGACAAGUCCAAGUAUGAGAAAAAUGAGACCGCUACUUUACGCCCCGGGACAUACUGGCUCACUCGAAUUGUGCUGCUGCGCGCUAUUACUUUCAUCUAUUUUGUUGCUUUUAGCGUGGCGCUCCAUCAGAACAAGCAGCUGAUUGGCGAGCGUGGCCUGAUGCCCUGCAAGGACUACCUGCGAAGCGUCAAGCGUUACGUGGGUGGCAAGAUUGACAUGGCCGCCCUGGCAUACACGCCCUCGCUGCUCUGGUUCCUGGACUGGGAGAGCAUGGAUGCCAACCUGGAUGGCAUCGCCCUGGUAGGGUUGGCACUGUCCGCGUUUGUCCUCAUCACGGGCAGGGCCAACAUGAUCAUCAUGACCCUCCUAUGGAUUCUGUACCACUCCAUCGUCAGUGUUGGCCAGCUCUGGUACUCUUUCGGAUGGGAGAGUCAGCUCCUGGAGACUGGUUUCCUGGCCAUCUUCCUGUGCCCUCUGUGUAGCCUGGACAAGUUGCCACGGCGAUGCCCACCCUCCCUCAUCUCCAUCUGGACUUUCCGCUGGCUCAUUGUGCGCAUCAUGCUUGGAGCUGGACUGAUCAAGAUCAGAGGAGACAAAUGCUGGAGAGAUCUCACCUGUAUGGACUACCACUAUGAGACCCAGCCUGUCCCUAACCCCAUGUCCUACUACCUCCAUCGGUCUCCCUGGUGGUUCCAUCGCUUUGAGACUCUCUCCAAUCACUUCGUGGAGCUCGUCGCCCCCUUCCUCACCUUCAUGGGCCGACGCUUGUGCAUGGUCAACGGGGCCCUGCAGGUCCUCUUUCAGGUAGUGCUAAUAGUGAGUGGUAACUUGAGUUUUCUGAACUGGCUGACCAUCGUGCCCAGUCUGGCCUGCUUUGAUGAUGCUGCCCUCAGCUUCCUGUUUGGGCGGGGCCAGGGCGGGUCUAGGAGCCAAGUCCAGAAGAUCCAGGAGGAGGAGUCAGCAGGGAAGGCUCCACCCCCAACAAAAGGUAUGCUCGUGCGGAGAGUGUUGAACGUGUGUCUGGGCAUCCUGAUUGGCUUCCUGAGCGUUCCCGUGGUGAUGAACCUGCUGAGUUCCAAACAGGUGAUGAACACCUCGUUUGAUCCGCUCCGCAUUGUCAACACGUACGGAGCUUUCGGCAGCAUCACUAAGGAGCGUACUGAGGUCAUCCUCCAGGGGUCGCUGGCCUCUGACCCCGCUGACCCCGGGGCCGUGUGGGAAGAGUACCAGUUCUACUGCAAGCCUGGUGACCUCAGCAGCCGACCCUGCCUCAUCUCCCCCUACCACUACAGACUAGACUGGCUCAUGUGGUUUGCAGCCUUCCAGACAUAUGAACAGAAUGAGUGGGUGAUACAGAUUGCUGGCCGGUUGCUGGCCAAUGACUCCACAGUGCUGUCUCUGAUCGAACACAACCCCUUUAAGGGAAGAGAGAAGCCCAGGUGGAUCCGCGGUGAGCAUUUCCGGUAUAAGUUCACGGCGCCGGGCGGUGUGAGUGCGUCUCAGGGCAUGUGGUGGGCCCGCAGGCGCAUCGGCCCGUACUUCCCCCCCGUCAACGUCACCUCUCUCAGGAACUACUUCCAGUCUCGCGACUGGCCCCUCCCGGAGUCCUACUGACGUGACCUCUGACCCAGGAAGUGGAAGCUGGACAAGUGAGACACCUGUGGAUCGAUUCUCUGGCUCUCCCCCCCCCGUCCCUCUCCACUUGCUUCAGUGCCAAAGGGUUUUGGGUUCAAUGAGGAGGUGUUACACUGUGAAGAACUGUCUACAAAUCGAUUAGGUCAAGGUGGAGAUGCCUAAUUAGGAAGCAAAAUGUGUGGAACGUAGAAAUGGACCAAAUGCAGGGAUUUUAUGUGACAUUUAUGAGUUUAACAGUGUACCAUAUAAUUCUGUACUGUUCUGUACAUAUACCGUGCAGUAAAAGGAGCCAUGAGACAUUGGUUAUCUUGGGAUAUAUAUCAACUAUAUUAUAUUAAUUACACAAUAUUAUUUUCCUUUGCAAUGCAUGGGUCAGCCUACAGUGGGCAGUGUGGAACAUUCUCACACGGUUUGAGUGUCCUUACAUGAUUGUGAAUGGAGAGAGUAACUUGCAGAACAUUAGUAGAAGAACCCAGUUUCUAAUAUAUUUGUUAUUGUCAUGUUUUGAUACUUUGUAAGCCUAUCUUGACCACUCAUCUCGACCUAGUGAAUGUAAGAAGGUCAUUAAUAAUCAUAUCAUCAUUGGGACCAA